GAGAGAGAGAAAGGGGGGGAUAUAGGAUGGGUGACGUCGGUGCAAGUUUAGUUGAGGAAUGAACCGAGAGAUCGCGCAAGUAUCGUCUUUUGGCUGUCAGCUCCAAGCGAGUGGCAGAGCUCAGUCGACGUUCAGUUCGGCUCAGCGAGGCUAGCAAAGAAGAAAGGGGAUUCCUUAAUGCGUGUGUCCGUGUGUGAGUGCAGUAUUGUCCCACUCAGGACCUAUACUACUCGACCCCUCGUAACAAUAUUGUCUUGCUGAGACAGACUACCUGCUUUUGGAUACGCGGAAAAAAAAAAAAAUUAAGGUCCAUUCCAAGGAUCCCUUUUCUAACCCCAUGGUGUAAAAGAAAAAAAUUUUUUUUUUUUUCUUUGACAGGCAUAUAACCAUGCGAUUAUAACAGUGACUUAUAAGUGAGGGUGCAAUCAUUAUUAUUUACUUAUAACUGAAUUUUUUCAUCAUUGUAAAGAUUGCCCAGUGUUAAAAAGAAAGUUAGUGACCAUGUGCGUGUUAGUAACAUGUCAUUGGAUAAGUUUAGCUGAAAUAGUUCAAGCUGGAAUUUAAAAUACUCCCAAGAGCAACAUAUUAAAGUGUAUUGUGUACUUUGCUUUUUUGUUUCAUUACGCCCUGCGAUAACAUCAAACCUGGACCACUAAAAAAUAAUUGUUACACGUGACAAUUGGACCUGGUGCUGAAUCUCCUUUUUUUUUGUUAAUCAUUGCUCCGCCGGACUUGCCUUUGGCGCUCUUACCUCGUUGUCCGCCGACUCGCCGUUACCCCUCCACCUGUCUGUCGUGUCCCCCUACCCACUUUCAUCCCGUGACUCCCUCUUUACUCGUAUCCCUAUCCCCACCUGCCUUUUGCACGCGCUUCCUUUAUUUACUAUUCGCCACCCUGCCAAACAACAUGAUGAUGACAACGACAAUCUUCUGGUGAAAAAAAAAAAUCUAAUAAUUGAAAUUCAUCGGUAUUGCGAAUCUGGUUAUAAUACCGGAUAUUAACGGCCACUAUUUGCACCAUCGCCGAUCACGUGGCUUGCUCAACGGCGACGCUGUACGACAAUGUGCACGCCGCGCCGCUGUGCGGCUCCGGCGUGGGCCACCCUGGCUCCGUCACGCCGAUGGGGACAGCCACCGGAACGGGGAAUUCCGCCGGGUUGACCUGGUGGGCAAUGAUGCCCGGCACCCCCUACGAAGACAGUCCGCCACCUGUAGCCCCAACGUCGUCACUUGCAUCAAUUCAACAGAAUUCCUCUGUAGGCUCACAUCAGCAAGCACCAACGCCAACAUCACCAGGAGCACCAGCAUCGGCAGCAACAGCACCACCUGUACCAACGGCGAGCGCGAGUUCAACAUCGCCAAGCGCCUCAUCAGUGACGAGCAACAGUGCAGCAGGACCUCUUCACAUACCCGCAAAAAGGCUAACAGCAACACCAGUUGGUUCAACCUACGGCGAAGUUACUUGUGUCGAACCAACCGGUACACCCGUAGGUGCAGGAGUUAUUCGACACUCACACUCCUCGUCAGCUGGCUCCCAAGGCGGUUGGAGUUACAGUCCCCAUCAUCCUCAGGACACACACUAUUCCUCGUCGACUGGUACGGAGUCUCUCAAUCAUCAUCAGGCGUACGGAGGCGCUAAUCCUCCCACCUACUACAAUCUGGCCGCUGAUCCAUCAUCAACCUCCGGCUCCUCCAGGGACAAUCGGAAACCAAAUUCCGUUGGUUUCUGGUCACCUGCAGCCACAUCAAUUGCCGGCUCAACAUCCGAUUAUAAAUCCUAUAAUUCAGGUGGUGUAGCAACAACAACCUCAUCAACUGGAGGCUCGUCCUCCGGUACAGCCGGCACAACGGAUCCCGCAGUGUCCUGUCAUCAAAGCUUCUCACAAAGUUGGUGUAGCUAUAGUCCCUACACAACGGCGAGGCAUCAUCAUCCCGUUGAUUCUGUGGGUCAUCAUCAUGCCCAUUCACAAGCAAGUGUUUCAUAUUUAACACCAUCGGCCGCUGACGAACGAGGAAGAAUGGCUGCAGCAAUGGUCGCCGAUGCAUUUCCACACGAGAGCUACAAUCCAAUCAGAAACUACGGUUCUGAACCUGUUCCAUCAAGUCCAUAUUCAGCUCCAGUGAUGUGGGCAUCCUCCCCAUCCACCCUGUUUCCAGCAGGUUCGUUGGCCGGCGUGAGCGUCGGCGUAUCUGGAAUGUCAGUUGGAUGUGGUGGUCCAUCGAAUACAUUGGAAUGGACAGGCCAAGUGACAGUACGCAAGAAACGUAAGCCCUAUACAAAAUUUCAAACACUCGAAUUGGAAAAGGAAUUUCUUUACAAUGCAUAUGUGUCUAAACAAAAACGUUGGGAAUUGGCGCGUAAUUUAAAUCUCACCGAGCGACAGGUGAAAAUAUGGUUUCAAAAUCGACGAAUGAAAAAUAAAAAGAAUAGCCAACGACAAACGCAACAACAAAAUAAUAAUAAUAAUAGUAGCGCAAAUAAUCAGAAUCAUCAUGGUGCAGCGACAAGUCAUCAUCAUUCAAGUAGUGCACAUACACCAUCGAGUCAUCAUGUUGUUACACAGGCACAUCAUGCAAAUGGACCAGUGAAGCAUCAUCAGUGACCCUUAGCCUUCUCUGGGGUCGUUCUUGGCCACCAUCCCCAUAGCCAUAAUACAUCAAUUCAUGGGGGUAGCCAUAGCUUGAUCGCAAGUCACAGCCAUAAUCUUCACACAACACAGCAGACAACGUCUCUGCCUCAUGCAACCACAUCUUCAACAAUACAUUCACAUGGCCAAUCAUCGCACCAGUUGACUUCUCAUUUGGCUCAGCACCAUUCUGCGCUUCUUCAUCAAUCCCCUCAUCAUGGCCUGGCCGCCUGAAUUCGCGGCCUGAGACUGACUGACUGCGGUCAUUGACCCCACCCCAGAGAGAGAGACUAUGUUGUCGCAGCAGCUCAAGGACUGUUCAUUUAUCUUGCCUCUCCGUUAUAUCUCCUAUCCCACCUUUAUUCUUUAUCCUUCUCUGUAUUCUAUCCUCCAAAAAAAAAAAAGAGAGAGAGAGACAGUGUAGUAGUAGUAGUAAUAAUUAUUGAACGAAUUGACAAAAAAAUUAUGUAUAGGGAGUGUGUGUAUGUGCGCAAAACAGUCUUCGCCAAAAGAAAAAUGGCUAAAAAAAAGACGUUGAGUGUCUAAAAAAAAAAAAAAAAUGGGUCUGCAGUGCAAUGCGCGACACCUCCAAGCAAUCUGUCCAACUCGAUAGUAUUCCUCCAGUUAUGCAUGUAAAAUUUAAAAAAAAAAAACAUAAUUAGUGUCACUUAGUGUUUCCUAACCCCCUCGUGCGUAUUACUUUUGACUCUAAUUAGGAACUUUGCGGAGUCGAUUCGAAAGAAAUAAGAAAACCAUUCAGUUCUCAUGUAGAUGGGGCCGGAUUUUUCCUCAACAAAAAAAAAAAAAAAAAAUAAAGAGGGAAUCAUUUUGGAAGCUGCGCUUUUAGAGAUGAAAAUUUCCCAAAGGUGGUAAGAGUGCUCUUCAAUAAUAUAUAUCUCUAAACAGCAUUCGGAAAUUAUAUACUAAAAAAAAGAAAA